GUUUUACGAAUUUUUUUUUUCGAUAUUGAGUUAACAUAAUUACGUUUUUUAAUAUGUCACAAAAUUUAAAUGGAUAUAUUUAGUAAACUGAGUUUUAUUUUGUAUUUAAACUCAAAGCCAGUGUGACAAAGCUUGAUUGAACACGAUUCCUUGUUCAUUAAUUAACCAAUAAAAAGGCAUUAACGGCUAUUGAAACCUAAAAAACAUACAUGGCUCUGCAAGAUUUGUCUCAAAUUAUAUUAGACAAUCCUACUGGUGUUUUUUACCCUGGUCAACUUAUUACAGGGAAGUUUGAACUUGUUCUAAAAGAGGAAAAAACUAUUACAGCUAUCAACUUCAUUUCCAAGGGCCAAGCAAAAUGUCAUUGGACAGAGGGAGGGGGACAAAAUACCCGAUAUUACUACGGAAAUGAAAAAUACUUCCAUUUUAAACAGUGUCUGUUUGGAAAACAACAAUCAGGUGAGAGCAGUGUAAAAUUCAAGCCAGGGAAGUAUGAAUACCCAUUUAAAGUCCAGCUUCCUAUAAAUAUACCGGCGUCAUUCGAGGCAGUCAUUGGUCAUGUGAGAUAUUCCUUAAAGGCACACAUCGACAUCCCAUGGGCACGGGAUAAAUACUGUAAAAAGCUUAUAACAAUUGUCGUGCCACUUGAUUUAAAUACAAUUCCCAAUGUUACGGAAGGAGCAACAAACACUGGAGAGAAGAGAUUAUGUUGUCUUUGCUGUGAAUCUGACCCGAUUUCCGGCAUGAUCGCGAUUGACAGGAAAGGAUAUGUCCCGGGAGAAAUGAUAAUAGUUCGAGGAGAGAUCAACAACCAAAGUAACAGAGAAAUGACUUGUACAAAAGUAUGCUUACAAAUGGAGGUUACAUACCAUGCAACUAUGAAGUCCAAGCCUUUUAAACAAACCAUAGGAGAACUGAAACAUGGGAAACUUAAUGGUGGAGAGACGGAAAUCUUUAACAAUGAAAGACUGCACAUUCCACCUGUCCCGAAUUCCUAUCUCCAUGAUUGUAAAAUUAUUGACAUCAAAUACUUGGUAGAGAUUAUAGCAGAUCCUUCCGGCCUAGGAUUUGAUCUCGAGGUUCCCGUAGAGAUUGUUAUAGGGAGUGUACCACUAACCUCAGUUGCAGAACAGCAUGGUCUUUCACUUUCGACACAAGAACCAAUGUCUGUCUCGCUCCCCCAACCAGGCAAUAACAUUCACGGCUUAUACUCUGACUUAUCAAUGCCAACAAAUAUACCAACUGCUACCAUGACUGAGAGUGCAACAGGACGAGUAAAAAUUAAAGAAGGGAAAGACAGCAAGGACACCGUGGAAUAUGCUCCAGUCUACACCUAUUAUAACUGGAAUACACACGACACGGACACAUUGUUCUCCGUACAAAAAGAAAAAUGACAGAACAUCUUUCAAUAUAUAGUGAUAUUCAUUUUUAACAAGCUUGGUGAAUUUAUUAAUUUUAUUAAUUAGACGUUUGUCAUGUUAAUUUCAGUCUAGACAUUGAAUAUAUCCGUGCAUGUAUAUCCCAAAACGUAGUACAUCUUUAGAAGCAAUAGUCAAAUUGUAUUAUUACUAGACCUAAAUAAUAUACAUGUAAUAUGAAAUAAGUACAGUUCUGAAUUCUGUUGGACGAGAACACAUGCAGUUGUCAUACAGAAAAUCGACGAGGCACCAGCCGAGUCUGAAAUAGAUUUGCAACUGUGUCCGAUAAAAUCAGUGUUGUUCUCAACAAUACUUUAUUUUGCACCAUAAUUUUUGACACGACAUAUUGUUUCAAGUACAAUAAGUAACUGAUUGUUCGAAUCUCAAAAAUAAAAACUACGCUAGAUGGAGUAUUUUAUAAAAAUGAAAACGAGGCAAUAUGCAAUAAUUAGUAUCGACUUGAGUUUGGAAAUGAAAACAAUCCAAUAAUGUUUUUUAUAAGAGCAUCACGUGAAGCAAACACUGAAAAUUCAUCUGUUAUACUUUAUGAGGUGUGAAAAAAUACUUUAUUCGUGCAUUUAAUAAAGAUUGAAUAUGAUGAAAUUUAUACAUUUGAUAAUCGUAAAGAAUACUUUAACAAGGCUGAUAUCAUAUGCAUCGUAUGUUUGAACGAUACGAGAGGAAACAUUCUGAAUACUUAGUUACACCCUGGCUUCAGUAAAAGCCGUUGUAGAACGUUAUAUCUUCGAUUCGCCCGCCGUAUCGUCUUUUUAUAUAUGAAUGGAAACAAUUUUAAGAUAUAAUAGAAUUCCAUGAUGAAAUGUGCCGUAGUUAAUGUACAUACGAUGGUAUACUUUUGUACGGAGCCCCUAAGGUGACAUUUUCCACACUUUUUUCCCCGUAACUUAAUUCGUUUUUGUGAAAUAAUAAUUCGAAAUUACGAAAUAAUAAUUCGUAAUUACGAAAUAUUUAUUCGUAAUUACGAAUUAUUAUUUCGAAAAUCGAAUUAAAUGCCGGUAAAAAAGUGUCGGAAACCUUAGGGGCUCCGUACUUUUGCUAUGUUUUGAUGUCUUUUAGUGUAAGUACGUACAUAGAAGAUUAGUUGUUAAAAUUAUGGAACUGAACAUAAUUGAUUUUCACUCGGUAAAGAGAUGACUAAUUUCAUGUAUAGAAAAGUGACAGAAGUUGAAAAAAUAUUUGUUGCUCAAUUUUGUAUAUUAUUACAAAUGCAUUAUUAUCACAUUUUGCUUUAUUUAUUUAUUUUUCUCACGUUUUUUAGCUCAUUUUGUUAUUAAAACUAAAAGAAGUAUCA